AUGUGUCUCCCUAUUGUCAUUUGUGCAUAUAACCAACCAAAGAAGGCAACGACCAGCCGCUGUUACUAUUGUCCCGGCACCGCUAACAAGGCAAAGUUGUGGGUUUUUACGGACGCGACAUUUGUUACAAUGAGCGACACGUAUUGUCCAGUCGGUCUAAGUAUGGCAAACGACGAAGAUGACAUUAUUAAUCUGAAAAUGUUAAUACCAAGCGGGAUAGCCGGGGCUAUAAUUGGCAAAGGAGGAGAGGCUAUUGGACAAAUCCAGAAAGAGACUGGGGCCCGGAUUCGAAUGACCAAACUGAACGAUUUUUAUCCUGGCACUGCUGAAAGGGUCUGCCUCAUCACUGGCAUUUUGGAAGCUGUUCGUAAUGUGAUUUACUUCAUUAUGGAUAAGAUGAAGGACAAGCCGGUUGAACUAUCUAAUUCGCGGUUUGACGACCGAGUUUCCAGUUACGAACGUUCUCGUCAACUACACCGCCGUUCAUCGACCUUCUCCAGCAGUAGUUCAGUGACCACCACCAGCAGUUGUGGCGGGCUGGAUGGUUACCUGAUGAACUUGAAAAUCCUGGUACCGAACACAACUGCCGGUCGCAUUAUCGGCAAGGGAGGACAAUACAUUGAACACAUCAAAGAAGAAAGUGGUGCUUACGUACAGAUCUCUCAAAAGUCUCGCGAGACAAAGCUACCCGAACGCUGCGUGACUGUUGCUGGAGACAUUCUUUCCAAUCGGAAAGCUAUGGACAUGAUCCUGCAGAAGAUCCUAGAAGAUCCUUACAGCGGUAACUUUCCCACGAUCAGCUACGCUGACCAUCCAGGUCCUGUAGCAAAUGCCAGUCCCACUGGAUCGCCUUUUGCUACCUACAGCUUCAAUGACAGGGCAGCUGAAGAGAUUAGUACUGCUUACUUCACUCUGUCGAAUUAUGGUCAUAUUCCCCCGCUAACCUCUCUCAGCUAUGGUCCCAACAUGGUCAGCAUUAACAGUCCUUCAACAUUCUGUUCAUCUGGCUUAGCCAGCCCAAACAGCGCGCAUAACUCUUCAUUACCAUCACCCGCCCAUUAUGUUGGUAGUUGUCGGGAUGGAGCCGGAUGCGAGUACGGUCCUAUUGGUUCUAGCAGUGACCUUGUCAGUCCGUCAUCUGGCACCAGCGACAAUGACUUCUAUUCCCUUCGAGAUCGGCUCGGUUUUGGUUCGCAGAGUUCCGGAACCUAUCCAGGUAACGGAGUUGGCAUUCCCUGCAGUCCUCUCAAAGGGCUAGAUGAUUCCACUUAUGUUGGGUUGAACAAUAACUCGUUCGGUCUUGGAGUGGGUCUUUACGGACUGUCUGAUAAGCAUGUCCUGCCUUCCAAACAAGACAUGGAAGUUCCUGAAACUAUUGUCGGGGCAAUUCUAGGCCCGAAGGGCAAAGGGAUUGUCGAGAUUCAACAGCUGACGAACGCUACGAUCCAGAUAUCGAAGAAAGGCGUCUACGCCCCGGGCACGCGCAACAGACUCGUCCAUAUCACUGGCUCUCCCUUGAGUGUAGCCAAGGCACAGUUUCUCAUACAGCACCUCGGCGAAGUACGCUGCUCUUUUUCUUUUCCUCUCUUUACAAAAUACAUGAAACUUCUUGAAACCUGUAAGUUUACCAGGGCAAACACCAUUUUUAGCUACUGUUGUCUUCUCUUCUCCCCCUUUCUUCUCUUCUCUUUUCUUCUCCCCCUUUCUUCUCUUCUCUUUUCUUCUCCCCUUUCUUCUCUUCUCUUUUCUUCUCCCCCUUUCUCCCCCUUUCUUUCUUCUCUUUUCUUCUCCCCCUUUCUUCUCUUCUCUUUUCUUCUCCCCUUUCUUCUCUUCUCUUUUCUUCCCCCCCUUUCUUCUCUUCUCUUUUCUCCUCCCCCUUUCUUCUCUUCUCUUUUCUCCUCCCCCCUUUCUUCUCUUCUCUUUUCUCCUCCCCUUUCUUCUCUUCUCUUUUCUCCCCCCUUUCUUCUCUUCUCUUUUCUUCUCCCCCUUUCUUUUCUUCUUCCCUUUCUUCUCUUCUCCCCCCUUUCUUCUCCUCCCCUUUCUUCUCUUCUCUUUUCGUCUUAUUUCCUUCUUCUCUUCUCUUUUCUCCCCCUUUUCUUCUCUUCUCCCCCCUUUCUUCUCUUCUCUUUUCGUCUUAUUUCCUUCUUCUCUUCUCUUUUCUCCUCCCCCUUUCUUCUCUUCUCUUUUCGUCUUAUUUCCUUCUUCUCUUCUCUUUUCUCCUCCCCCUUUCUUCUCUUCUCUUUUUCCUCCCCUUUCUUCUCUUCUCUUUUCUUCCCCUUUCUUCUCUUCUCCCCCUUUUUCUCUUCUCUUUUCGUCUUAUUUCCUUCUUCUCUUCUCUUUUCGUCUUAUUUCCUUCUUCUCUUCUCUUUUCGUCUUAUUUCCUUCUUCUCUUCUCUUUUCUCCUCCCCCUUUCUUCUCUUCUCUUUUCUCCUCUCCCUUUCUUCUGUUCUCCCCCUUUCUUCUCUUCUCUUCUGUUCUCCCCCUUUCUUCUCUUCUCUUCUGUUCUCCCCUUUCUUCUCUUUCUUCUUUCUCCCCCCUUUCUUCUCUUCUCUUCUGUUCUCCCCCUUUCUUCUCUUCUCUUCUGUUCUCCCCCUUUCUUCUCUUCUCUUCUGUUCUCCCCCUUUCUUCUCUUCUCUUCUGUUCUCCCCCUUUCUUCUCUUCUCUUUUCGUCUUAUUUCCUUCUUCUCUUCUCUUUUCGUCUUAUUUCCUUCUUCUCUUCUCUUUUCGUCUUAUUUCCUUCUUCUCUUCUCUUUUCGUCUUAUUUCCUUCUUCUCUUCUCUUUUCGUCUUAUUUCCUUCUUCUCUUCUCUUCUCUUCUCUCCCUUUCUUCUCUUCUCUUUUCGUCUUAUUUCUUUCUUCUCUUCUCUUUUCUUCUCCCCCUUUCUUCUCUUCUCUUUUCUUCUCCCCCUUUCUUCUCUUCUCUUUCUUCUCCCCCUUUCUUCUCUUCUCUUUUUCUUCUCCCCCUUUCUUCUCUUCUCUUUUCUUCUCCCCUUUCUUCUCUUCUCUUUCUUCUCCCCUUUCUUCUCUUCUCUUUUCUUCUCCCCCUUUCUUCUCUUCUCUUUUCUUCUCCCCCUUUCUUCUCUUCUCUUUUCUUCUCCCCCUUUCUUCUCUUCUCUUUUCUUCUCCCCCUUUCUUCUCUUCUCUUAUCUCUUCUUCAUUCUCUCUCCUUUUCUACGUUCUUCUUGCUUUUUCUCUCUCUUCUCCUUUUUUCUCCCUUUCUUCUCCUCUUCUCUCUCCCUCCUUCCUUCUCUUCUCUUUUCUUAUCUCUCCUUCAUUCUCUCAUUAUCUCUCCUUCCUUCUUCUCUCGCUUUCAUCUUCCUUCUCCUUUUUUCUUCUCUCCUUCCUUCUUUCCUUUCCCUUCUAUACUUUCUUUCUCUCUCUUUAUCCUUCUUCCGCCUACUAUUCUUCAUUCUCUCCCCACUUUCCCUGUCCUUUUUCCCCCAUUACAACUUCUUUCUCAAACGUCUUACGUUGUAAAACCCCCGCCCCUAAUAAUUUAUGA